AUGAUGAUCCAAGCACCGACCACAUCAACAUCCCCCGUGGCGCACGCGCUCGCGGACACGGUCGCGCGGCUGCACGCGCAGGGCCGCCUGCGCGACGGCACACAGCUCGCGACGGCACUCGAGGGGCUCGUCGAGCGCGUGCGAGUCGCGUCGGAGGGUGGGCCGGAGUGGACGGACCCGGUGGAGGAGUAUGAGGCGAAGAAGGAGGCGGAGGGAGGCGAGAAGGACAAGGAGAAGAAGGCGGAGGAAGAGUUCGGCCCGCUCCGCGCCCGGACGAACGCGCUCGAAGUCCUGGAGGUCAUUGAGGAGAUCGCACGCGCCAACCCGGGAGUGCGCCGGCAGCUCGUCCAUCUCAUCGACGUGCACCAGUCGGUGCAGGGCAGCUUGGAUUCGAGCGCUGGGGCGGCGCGGCACGUUCACUACAAUCGCAUGGACAGGGCGGAAGACGGGUUGGAUCCGGAGGUGGUG